UCCUCAAUAUUUUCUGUCUUUUGAUGGUCAAUGCAAAAGUUACUCAUUAGAAUCACUUUCAACUUACUCGUUUGUACCGUUGGUGAGAUAUCGACUUGGCCAAGUGCAAGUAAUGUUAUUCCAGGACAGGUAACAUUCACAGUAGAUUUACGUGCAAUUGAUGACAUGGGACGUGAAGCUGUUGUAUGUGAAUUAUCUAACCGAUUGUAUCAAAUAUGUGAUAGGCGUUCAGUUUCGUGCACAAUUGAUCGGAAGCAUGAUGCAAAUGCAGUCAUUUGCGAUUCUGAGCUGACUUCGAAGCUGAAGUCAGCAGCUUAUCUUGGGCUCAAGAGAAUGACAGGUUCUGUUCAGGAUGAAGUACCUGUAUUAAUGAGUGGAGCAGGACAUAAUGCAAUGGCUCUGUCUCAUUUAACUAAGGUGGGUAUGCUUUUUGUCCGCUGUCGAGGAGGCAUAAGUCACUUCCCUGAAGAACAUGUAUUGGAUGAUGAUGUUUGGGCAUCUGGUUUGGCAAUCCUGGCAUUCAUAGAGACUCAGCUCUAGAUUGGAACAUUUUUUUCGACAUUACUGUAUAUAGGAGAAAUCUCAAUAAUCUAGUAUGUGACGAAUGAUGGGUCUUGUAUGUGACAAUUCUUUUGUCAAGUACAAACAUAAAAUUAAGGGAUCAUAUUUACUCUGCUAUGUGAAGCCCCUGCAUAAUGUUUCUCAUUUUACUA